GUCGAUUCAGACCCUGCUGAUGCGGCUGUGGCCGAAUCCACCGACAUUAUUACUGUCGCAAAUCCCACUUUUCCAAGCCCAGUGCUGAUGUUCAUCUUAAAGGCUGGGAGGCCCUUAUGACAUAACGAGGCUCCGCAUAACUUUUCAAGUCGGUAGCAGGCCACACAUUCUACUCUUCUCUGGUUUCUAGACUCCAGGCAAGCUAUCCCCGAGUCAAAUGAUUGAAACCAGACGAAAAGGAUAUCCGCGGCCCUUUUACGUCUUUCUCUUGAGCAAUCAGCUUCGAUCCGAUACUUUUCCCCGGCGAUGCGUAUAAGCGGGACAAGUUCAAUAUGUGCAGUCAUUCUUUAUGCGCUGACACUGGGCAAUCAAGCUCGUGCUAUCGAGCUCGAUAUCAACAAUGAACAAUCGAUCAAAGAUGCCGCUCAAAUCGCUACCCACGGGAUGAUGGUCUGGUAUCACGGCAACGAAACCGGACAAAUCCCUGGCGCUUUUCCCGAAAAAUGGUGGGAGGGAUCUGCCUUGUUCUAUGCGCUUCUCAAUUACUGGCAUUUCACGGGCGAUGAGACCUACAAUGAUGAACUGAGUGUUGGAUUGCAAUGGCAGUCCGGCACCAAUGGGGAUUAUUUGCCCAGUAACUACAGCCAUUUUUUGGGCAACGAUGACCAAAUGUUCUGGGGCCUUGCAGCGAUGACUGCAGCCGAGCUAAAAUUCCCCGACGUCUCGAACGGAUUCUCGUGGCUGUCGCUCGCACAAGGCGUCUUCAACUCGCAAAAGGGUCGGUGGGACACCACAAUGUGCGGCGGGGGUUUAACCUGGCAAAUGUUCUCAUACCAGGGAAGCGGGUCUACUAUGAAGAAUGCCAUCUCCAACGGCGGCUUCUUCCAGCUUGCUGCACGACUUGCCCGGUACACCGAGGACAAGGAAUACGAGACCUGGGCGAAUAAGGUGUGGGACUGGUCCGUCAGUUCACCACUAGUCAACAGCACGACGUGGCUUGUACAGGACUCGACCGAAGGAACGGAGGGAUGCAAGAAUGGGGCUAACAUCCCUUGGACGUACAACUAUGGCACGUAUCUGAUGGGUGCAGCUUAUAUGUACAACUAUACCGGAGAUUCCAAAUGGCUCGAUGCAACAAAUGGACUCCUCAACAGAACCCUCCAGACCUUCUUCCAAAAGGAAAGCGGAUACGUAAUGGAAGACAUAACCUGCGAACCGCGAGAAAUCUGCAACAACAACGAAAUCCUCUUCAAAGGCCUCCUCUCCACAUGGCUCUCCUACGUCGCCCUCGUCGUCCCAAAAACCUAUGACCUGAUCAUGCCAAAACUCCAAGUCUCCGCCGUUGCAGCCGCAAAGUCCUGCACGGGCAAUAACAACAACACCUGCGGUGUGCAAUGGUAUAAAUCAAAGUGGGAUGGAUGGACGGGAAUGGAAGAGCAGAUCAGCGUCAGUCAAGUGUUCAGUGCCAAUUUGCUGCCGUUCGUUGACGCUCAGGCCGUGGCCCCGGUUACGUCGAAUUCUGGUGGGAAUAGCACUAGCAAUCCGAAUGCAGGGCUGGAGAGCAGUAAUAAGGAUGAUAGCCUCAAGCCUGUUACCACGGGAGACAAGGCGGGUGCUGGGAUUUUGACUUUUGUUCUUGUUGGAGCGUGGGCUGCAUUGAUGGCGUUUGCGGCGUUGGGAUCGGGGCCUUGAGACCUCGACGUCUUCCCAAGAUGACCAUGAAAUGGAGUUUCGGGGGUUUAGCAAUUUUUCUUGUAUAUUGGGCAGGUGUUUACACAUUCAGAUUAGGCAUUGUUAAUACGAAUCGAC